AUGCUCUCCCGUACAGCUCCUCGAGCUCUGCUCGCAUCCGUCCGCCCAUCCAUCCGCACACCAGCACCCACCACCACUUCAGCCAUCCUCCCCCGGGCCUACGCCAUCCGCCCCAGCUCCGCCGCACAGUUCACCCGCUCAUUCCAGUCGUCACUGGCAAACCGCAAAGGCAUCCACCCAGAAUCCGCAAACCCGCCAGCUCCAAACCCGCAGCCGGGCGUUGCCGGCGCUGCUUCGCAUAUCACUGAGCCGUCGCCGUUGACGCCAGAGGAGUACUACGAGUACUCGGAGCAUUAUUUCAAUGUGCUGCAGAGCGAGCUGGAGAGGCUGCAGGAGGAGGGGUCGGAUGUUGAGGCUGAGUACAGUGCCGGUGUUUUGAACAUCUCCGUUCCCGCAAUCGGCACCUACGUACUCAAUAAGCAACCACCCAACAAGCAGAUCUGGCUCAGCUCGCCCAUCUCCGGGCCGAAGCGGUACGACUGGAUUGUCGAGGGCGAUUAUAUGCAUGAGAAGCAGGAGUCGCGGCCUUUCGUCAACGGGCAGUGGAUCUAUCUGCGUGAUGGGUCUAAUCUGACCGAGUUGUUGAACUCCGAGUUGACCUUGAGUUUGCCCAAGGAUGUUUACAGUCAGGUCAUUGAGUGA